GCUCUGCCAACGGGCGUCGCAGCAGAGUCCCGGUACGGUGCUCCGGCGAACGCUCGCAGUCCAUUUGAAAGGGACCCUCGCAGGAGAGCCUCGGUGAGCAGCGGGGCUCCGCGGGACAACGAAACAUGCAGAAAUAUGAGAAACUGGAGAAGAUAGGCGAGGGUACCUACGGAACCGUGUUCAAAGCGAAGAACAGGGAGACCCACGAGAUCGUCGCUCUGAAAAGAGUGCGGCUGGACGACGACGACGAGGGGGUUCCGAGCUCAGCCCUGCGCGAGAUCUGCCUGUUGAAAGAACUGAAACACAAGAACAUAGUCCGGCUGCACGACGUUCUGCACAGCGACAAGAAGCUCACGCUGGUGUUCGAGUACUGCGACCAGGAUUUGAAGAAAUAUUUCGACAGCUGCAAUGGUGACCUAGACCCCGAAACCGUGAAGUCCUUCAUGUACCAGCUGCUGAAGGGACUGGCCUUCUGCCACAGCCGCAACGUGCUGCACAGAGACCUGAAGCCACAGAAUCUGCUCAUCAACAGGAACGGAGAGCUGAAACUGGCCGACUUCGGCCUUGCCAGAGCCUUCGGAAUCCCCGUCAGGUGUUACUCUGCUGAGGUAGUGACGCUGUGGUACCGGCCGCCGGACGUCCUGUUUGGUGCUAAGCUGUACUCUACCUCCAUUGACAUGUGGUCGGCAGGCUGCAUAUUUGCAGAGCUGGCAAAUGCCGGAAGGCCUCUAUUCCCUGGCAACGAUGUGGACGACCAGCUCAAGCGCAUCUUCAGGUUACUGGGAACCCCGACGGAGGAGCAGUGGCCCACUAUGACCAAACUGCCGGACUACAAGCCGUACCCCAUGUAUCCGGCCACCACCUCCCUCGGGAAUGUUGUUCCCAAGCUCAGUACCACAGGACGGGACCUGUUGCAGAACCUCUUGAAGUGCAAUCCCGUGCAGCGCAUCUCUGCCGAGGAAGCUCUGCAGCACCCAUACUUUGCUGAUUUUUGCCCUCCUUAGACGUCUGUGGAACUGGACCCUGUGAGACCCCCCGACCCCCUCCCCACAUUGCCCGAGUCACCUCCUAUCCACCACAUAAACUGCAGAAGGUUUCUGAUUGGAGCCUCUUCUUUGCAUCUAGCUGGCCAUCAUGAAGGACCACGCGGCUCACUGGACUGGCUAUCUGCUCCUCUGCUGCAUCCUCCUCACACGUCCCUCCUACUUGAUGGACAUUUGACUUCCUGCAGAGCUUUCCCAACCUGUGGUCCAUGCUGAAAUACAGGCCCAUCCUCUUCAUUUACCUUUUCUUAGCCGAUCUUUUGCUUGCGUAGCAAACGAUAACGAUUAGUGAACUUUGUCUCAGCAACAAACAAAAGCAUAGCAUGGCUUCUCUUGGGUACCAUGCUGUACAUGGAGGUUAGUGUGUGCUGGAGUGUAUACAUGGACACACACACACAAAUAGCAUACAUAACCAAGCAAUUUCUUGACCCAGUUGAAAGGAAACAUUCAAGGCAUAAACCAGUGAACUGUGGGCAGGCUUGCAUAUUCAUUUUAGGUUUUACUUUGGAUCAGAACUUUUCGCCAGCCUACUAACAUGUUUGAAACUGCAUAAAUUAAACAUGUAUUUAUGUUGCCCUUCUUCUUCUCAGGCUUUCUAGUGUGGCUUUUGUUCUUGUUAAUUGCACUUUGCAGUACCUCGAGAAGUUCUUUCGGUUUUAAUCUCUCGGAUCCCAUGUUUUUAAUGGGUUGAACCCUGAAAGCAGAGCCACCUCCGAGGGUGGGCCCACGUGCACGGAGCCAGUUGCGAGGACUUGCAGCAGUGUGUCUGUUGUUGCUGCCAUUACUUUUGUUACGAUGUCUUACCAACAUGUCAGAAGUGCUACCAUGACAACUGAAGAGCAAUGUUGCUACUACAGGAACAGUAGAGCAGAGAGCGUCUAACUUCAUGGUCUUCUGGCAGCAAAGACUUAUGGACGGGUAUAUUGUUUUUUUUUCUUUUUUUUAAAUCGUAAACUGUCACGUUUUGUAUUGAUGCUGUAAAAUUCUUUUGCUGAGUACACGUUAAGUUGCACACAAUCAUACGGCAUUCAGCAUACAAUAGUAAUCACAGUACAUUUCCAGCCGUCAUGUUUGAUUUGUGGUUUUCACUGAUAAUGUUACGGUUAAGGGGUCAGCAGUGAAUAUUAGUAUUUAUAAAUUACAGCCUGCUUGCUUUGAUAUUUAAGUAUAGAACCUUCACUCAUUUUGGUCAUUCCAUAUAGUUUUAGAACAUGAUGGUAUGCCUUUUUCUUGGACAUUAUUUACAGAUGAUCACUCUCAGAAGUAGUUAGUUCCACAGAGUAGAAUUUUGUGUUGGUGCUUGGGAUGAUCAAAUUAAAAUACCUGAACAAAUGGCAUUUCUGCUUCUUAGAGUCGUGAUGAACUUCGGAGGGCAUGCUUCUGUUCAAAUUGAUAUUUUGCCGGAUAAAUCUGCCCUAACCAACUGUUUUCUUCCGACUAUUUGCAAUUAAUUACUCAUUAAUUCAGUGGUCAGAGUUUUUAUAUUUUCAAACAGUCUUAAUGUCCCACAUUUCAGUUCUGACUUGUGUAAUAAGUUGGGAAAGGAGCUUUCGGGUAACUCAGUGCUAUGGUACGUUGUGUUUUAGUCCCAUUCAGUGUAUUCAAAUGUUCAUAGAAAUACAAAUUAGAUUUCUGGGUCAUACAAGCAACAUUCUACAGAGAGAAAUCAGAGUCUGACUGCAGCAAGCGCAAGGCCAUCACUCUUUAACUUUUUGUGGAUGUUAAUAUUCUGCUUUUCUGUUUCCGCAUUAUUCUGGUUCUGUUCUCUGAGCACAACGAGGGACAGGCAGUCAAGAGCCAAGAAAACGAUCCAAUGCAGGGCCCAAGCACGAAAAUAUCUCCCGCAGGUGGACUCGCGUUGCACAACUAAAAAUUGCCAGAAAUAAGCUACGGUGAAGCGACAUGUCGAUCAGUUUGUUUCGCAGUACAGUCACUCUUGUGUACUUGCAUUAUCCUGCCUGUU